UUGGUCCAGACAGGAGAUUUGGGGCAGGCGUGGACUGAACGAAGGUGAAAUACUUGAACAAUCUCACGAGAAAAUAUGAGAUUUUACUGAUUAUUGUUUACAUUGUAAAAACAUGAGAACCGAACCGAAUCGAUCCGGAUUCAACUGAAACGCCUGCAACAGCACAACUUCCGAAACAGAUUGGUUUCUUCCCUGCGGCGAGGAAGACGACUGGAGCCGAACUUUGUUUUGAUCGAGCUGGAAGCCAGGACCCGAAAUUGAUCUCACCACCGGGGGAGAAAGGAUAGGGGUAACUUAAGCUAGUUUUAAAGACAUUUAUACCUGGUGAAAAACGCAGAAUCUCGAGGAUCGCCAUUGUCUGGAAGGAGAUAACCGACAUAGGCACGGUAUGGUCCUCGGCGAGAGGGAUGUGAUGGGGAUCCCUGCUUAAGGAGCACAGCAAGGCGGGUUUGGGUUACCCGGAGUUGUCGAGGCCUCCGAGGGGAAUCCACCGUCGUCUACCUUGAGCUACACCGCACACUCCCGUGUCUCGAUCGUUAAUUGUCAGCACGCGAGAGACGCGGCUGUGGAUGCGGCCUAGCCUGGGAGGGUCUGUCGAACACCGAGGAAACAACGGGAACGGUUUCAGGGUUAACCGCAGACCCUCCGAAGGACGCAGAAAAUAUUAAAUUGCACCAUGAUGGAAGAACUGCAUAGCCUGGACCCCCGACGACAGGAGCUGUUGGAGGCUCGCUUCACUGGGGUCGGUGUGGCUAAGGGCUCGGGUCAGAACCAAAAUGAGUCAUCCAAUCAGAGUCUAUGCAGUGUAGGCUCGCUCAGUGACAAAGAGCUAGAGACUCCUGAGAAAAAAGGGAAUGAGCAGAGAGUGAGAAAACGGAAAGCAGAACAUUUUGACAGCAGCCAAGGCAAAGCAGGUGCAAGGGGACAUAAAAUUAGUGAUUAUUUUGAGUUCGCGGGAGGUAGCGGUCCUGGUACCAGCCCUGCCAGGGGAAUUCCACCAGUGGUCCGCUCUUCCCCACAACACUCCCUCUCCAACCCCCCUGUCACGGUGCAGCAGGGAAGCCCCUCCUCUGUAAGCUCGGCCAACACAGAGCACUCGACGUGUUCACUGAAGCCUGCCUCUCUUCACAUGCUCCACAAAGCCACACAGUCUGACCUUACUAUAGAGAAACUAACAGCAAUGGAGAACAACAAGAACUCUGACCUGGAGAAGAAGGAGGGCCGAAUAGACGAUUUGCUGCGGGCAAACUGUGAUCUGAGGAGACAGAUUGAUGAACAGCAGAGGAUGCUGGAACGAUACAAGGAACGCUUAAAUAAGUGUGUGACCAUGUCCAAGAAGCUGCUGAUUGAAAAAUCCAAACAGGAGAAGAUGGCGUGCCGGGACAAAAGCAUGCAGGACAGGCUUCGACUGGGUCACUUCACCACAGUGAGACAUGGAGCGUCUUUCACUGAGCAGUGGACGGAUGGAUAUGCCUUCCAAAACCUUAUCAAACAACAAGAAAGAAUCAAUUCCCAGCGAGAGGAAAUUGAAAGACAGAGGAAGCUGCUGGCCAAACGCAAACCGCCCUCCAUGGCCCAGACUCCACCUCCAAGUCUGGAGCAAAACAAACGCAAAAGCAAAACCAAUGGAACAGAAAGUGAAGUGUACGAUGCUUUUUGUUUUUUAUUUAUCUUCUCUUUCAUACCAGCUGUUUUUCCCCCUGCUCGCAUAUUCACAGUGGCACUGAGGUUUGUUCUGUGUCCUUGUAGGUUAUCACAGGCAGAGUACCACGAGCAGGAGGAAAUCUUUAAGCUAAGAUUAGGCCACCUUAAGAAGGAGGAGGCAGAGAUCCAGGCGGAGCUGGAGCGGCUGGAGCGAGUGCGGAACCUGCACAUUCGCGAGUUGAAAAGGAUCCACAAUGAGGAUAAUUCUCAAUUCAAAGAUCACCCUACGCUAAAUGACAGAUACCUGCUACUCUAUUUACUUGGACGGGGAGGUUUCAGUGAAGUUUACAAGGCCUUUGACUUAACAGAGCAAAGGUAUGUUGCGGUCAAAAUCCACCAGUUAAACAAGAACUGGAGGGAUGAGAAGAAGGAAAAUUAUCACAAACACGCGUGCAGGGAAUAUAGAAUCCAUAAAGAGCUGGACCACCCACGAAUAGUUAAACUCUACGACUACUUUUCGCUCGACACUGACUCGUUCUGCACAGUCCUGGAGUACUGCGAAGGCAAUGAUUUGGACUUCUACCUGAAGCAGCACAAACUUAUGUCCGAGAAAGAGGGCCGCUCCAUCAUCAUGCAGAUUGUUAACGCCCUGAAGUACCUCAAUGAGAUCAGACCGCCCAUUAUCCACUACGACCUCAAACCUGGUAACAUCCUCCUGGUGAACGGCACUGCCUGCGGAGAGAUCAAGAUCACAGACUUUGGCCUGUCGAAGAUCAUGGAUGAUGACAGCUACAACUCAGUGGACGGGAUGGAGCUGACGUCACAGGGAGCAGGGACAUACUGGUACCUUCCCCCAGAAUGCUUUGUGGUUGGGAAGGAACCACCCAAAAUCUCCAACAAGGUGGAUGUGUGGUCUGUGGGAGUCAUUUUCUACCAGUGUUUGUAUGGCCGCAAGCCCUUCGGCCACAACCAGUCCCAGCAGGACAUCCUGCAGGAGAACACCAUACUGAAGGCAACAGAUGUGCAGUUUCCACCUAAACCAGUAGUCACACCUGAAGCUAAGGCCUUUAUAAGGCGCUGUCUAGUCUACCGUAAGGAGGACCGCAUCGAUGUGCACCAGCUGGCCAGUGACCCCUUCCUCAUGCCCCACAUCCGCAAGUCGGUGGCCUCCUCGGGCACCUCGGGCAUGGCCGUGGCCUCCACAUCCAGCUCCUCCAACAGCAGCGCCUCAAACUGAGCCCACACCCCUUAACUGACUGACUGACAGAACCAUUUGAGUGGGGUGGGGUGGGGGCGACUCCUUAUUGUGUCCUCCCACCCGGCAGCAUCCCACCUUGCCAUGACGAGAAAGGGAAACGGGUCAGAUGACGGCAAGGGGUGGGUGAGAAGUCAUGGACGGGUUGGGAAGGGAGACCAACGUCACCCUUCGUCCCUCUCAUGUCCAACCCUCCCAGCCUACCUAUCCGCCUGUCUCCAAAGGCUGGCAUUGUUCUGGGGGUCAAAGCCCUGGACGACUCCCGCCGUAAGGGGCGAGGUUUGGCACUGUGUUGGCGAAAAGUGGGGUUCAGUGAUGGGGAUUUUUCUUUUCUGCUUAAAAAAAGAGAAAUUAAAAAGAAGUAUAGAACUGCUUCAGCUUGGCCAGAUGGAAAGGACUGCAGAAGGCCUCAUACCCAUACGCAUUCACACACACACACCCAUGCAUGAGCCAUUCUGGUCCGAGGUAGUCUGAACUCCCCAAGCUCAAACAUUUUGUUUGUUCUCAUCUCCCUGAACUUAACUGAAAGAACCAGUCAGGCCUGUUAAUGUAUUGAACCCUAAAUAUCUAUGGCACUAUGUCACCAAACCCGCAGUUCUGGGAUCCCCUUCCCCGCUUAAAUUCCAGACCAGAUAGUUUAUGACGAGGAGGGACAGAAGCUACUAGGCCCUUACCCUCUCCCAUCUCCUCGUCAAACUCCUGUGACCAAAGCUUAGAACUUCCAGCUGGUGGCAGUGUUCCACCUCCGUUUUUAUAAUGAGUGGUUUUAGAGUUGUGUUAUAUGGAGUGGAAGCUGUUGAGAAACAACCCCUUUUACAUUUUUUUAAAGACUUUUCAAUUUAACCAGUUUUAUGGCGAAAACUGUUUUUCAAGUUGCCUUUUAAUUAGAACUGUUAUUGCUUUCAUUGACCCCCCCUACCAUAAACACAUAUUUAUUUAGGUAUGUUUGAAUUUAUUUUUGGCCAAUAAAAUGCAAGGGACUGGUUUGCCUAAUAGAACUGUUGGGGGAGAUUGGGCCUUAGCAGAGAGUUGCAUAAACCAUUAAAUACUAUUGGUUAAAAAGUG